CUGCUCUUAGCUUUCUCUAUCUUAGUCUUGGCUAGGUUCGCUAGUUGCUGCUGUUGGCGCGGAGAUCCCCACGCCUCUAGAAGUCCCCAAACAUAUUUGUAGGGUAGCUGCGAUGACGGACGCGCUGGCAGCAUCUCUCCUGCGCAAGCAGCUGAAGGAGCUCACCAGGAACCCCGUGGAUGGCUUCUCGGCUGGUCUAGUCGAUGAUAGCAACGUGUUCGAGUGGCAGGUCACCAUCAUUGGGCCCCCGGAGACACUCUACGAGGGGGGAUUCUUUAAUGCGCGGCUGACGUUCCCUAAGGACUACCCCAACUCCCCGCCCACGUGCCGUUUCACAUCCGAGAUGUGGCACCCCAACGUGUACGACGACGGCAAGGUGUGUAUCUCCAUCCUGCACAGCCCGGGCGAUGACCCCAGCGGUUACGAGACCGCGGCGGAGCGCUGGUCACCAGUGCACACGGUGGAGACCAUUAUGAUCUCAAUCAUCUCCAUGCUAUCGUCCCCCAACGACGAGUCUCCCGCCAACGUGGACGCCGCAAAGAUGUGGCGUGAAAACCGGGAUGAGUUUAAGAAGCGUGUCGCGCGCAUUGUGCGCAAGUCACAGGAGAUGCUCUAGAGCGGCUGCUGGCGUAGCGGCGCAGCGAUGGCCUGGGCAUCUGCAGCAGCUUAGGGCGUACAAGCCGCAUCGUUGGCAACGCCAGUCCGGCUGCAGCAGCGUUGGCGGUUUGAUGGCCUCAGCCCGCCACGAGCCAUGGCUACUGCUGCGGAGCGUAAUGAGAGCGUAGCCGCCACUGGAGGCGGCGUGUGUGGCUGAGCAUGGUGUUGAGGUGGGGCGGAGGAUUGAGGGAAUCCCCACGAGGGACGCCGCUUGCACCGCUGGGGCCGGCUGCCUCUGCAGUGGCCUGAUGGGCAGUUACCGCAUCCCCCCUGGAGUUCGUGGCUUGUUAUCAGACGCCUGUGAGGCAGCUGGUCGGUGGUGUGCUGAAUCCGGCGGUAGUCCGGCAGGUGACGCCGGCCACAGCGUUCCUAUUUUGGCUUGGUGUUGCCCAGGCGGCCGCGAUGGGUGCGCAGGAGACAUUACCUGCCUUCCGAUUGCGUAGCUGUCACGGCCUCUGAUCCAGUGCUGCGUGCUCAGGCAUAGUAAGAACUGCGGCUUUCAGAUGUUGUGCGGUAUGUCUGGUUUACUGCACGCGUACUGACGUUAAGAGUGUGUGGGCAUAACAACAUGAGAUUGCAUAAGCCUCGACACGAGUGUCAGGUACGCACCCGUCCCCUUCGGCAGGCAGAGCGCCGCCGUGCUCCCCAUUCCGCAUGCAAGCGGUGUUCCGGCAAUUGCUAGAGCUUCCCAGCAAAGGGGCUGCAUGCUGACUAUCAACCUGGUGGCGCCUCACCAUGGACGGAGCAAGACAAAGACUAUGUGCGCUUUUGCGUGUGUGCGCGACUGGUGACAUGCGUGCUGUUUGCUACGGUGGCUGUAUAGUCCGAUGGUCGUGCCGGUGUGACUUUUGAAUGGAAGUGCAGAGGAAUGAGCGUGUCCGUGCAUUGCAGGCGGUUGCGUGCCGCUGAGGCCCCGCGGGAGAACUCGCUUGGACGUCACGGACGCAAAUGACCGGGGCAGGGACUGGAGCUGUGGAUCCCAUGGUGCGUGCUGUACAAUUACCAACUCUUGACGCGGGGCCAGCUUGGUGUGCGGGGCCCGGCAAGUACCGUAUGACCUGAGCUGAUAAUGUCUGCUUUCAUCAACCUUGUGGGAAGAGCGAUGCAGGGCAUGUGUGUGUGACCUAGGCAGUGGCGGUACCACUGCCUCCUUCAAAUGUGUUGGCCAUUGCACCGGGUGUGUCGAAGCAAGGGUGCGAUGGCGUGUGCCGCGCCGGUUUGACGCAUACAGGGGUCGGCGGAGUAUGCCGGAGGGCGCAGGUUGGGAGACAUGAGCCAUGUGCGGCUGGGAUGUGUAUGCGCGGCACCCAGAGGUGCGGAGCAUUUGGCAUCGCGGCCUGAGGUGCUCGCCCUCUUGCCCUUAUGUGGGCCUGCAAUGUAACCAAGUGCUCAA